AUGAUGCCUCUGGGAACAUUGCUUCUCCCUGUUCUGUGUUUCCUGGGGCCAACAAUUCCACAGGAACUACGGUAUCCCACCUUUUCGCGCAAUGCCACCAAAUUUAUUCACUUUAUUAUGGAUCCCGAUUCAGGAACUCUGUAUUUGGGGGCUACCAACUUCCUGUUUCAGUUGACCCCAGACCUGGUGAUGGAAGAAGCGGUUUCCAUGGGCCCCAUCUUAGACAGCAAAGAUUGUCUUCCUCCUGUUUUCAAGCAGGAUUGUCCCCAAGCCCUGGAGACCGACAACUACGUCAAACUCCUGUUGAUCAACUCGCUAGAGAAGGAGCUCAUUGUUUGCGGCAGUGUGUGGCAAGGCAUCUGUGAGAAGAGGACUCUCGGCUUCAUUAAACAUGUCCUCUUCCAACCCCGGACACCAGGAGACACUCAAUAUGUGGUAGCCAAUGAUCCCAAUAUUUCCACCGUGGGGCUGGUUGGUUACUCCAAAGAAAACGUGCCGCUUCUCUUCGUUGGCCGAGGAUACACCAGUCGGGGCGUCGGAGGCAGCAUCCCUCCCAUCACAACUCGCAAUCUCAGGGCCCACCCAGGAGAGGUGCCAGGGCCCGACUCCCACUCCAUUUUUUCCUACGAGGAAACAGCCAAGUUGGCUGUAGGUCGACUCUCCGAAUACAGCCACCAUUUUAUCAAGUCGUUCACUCACGGUUCCAGUGUCUACUUCCUGUUCUACCGCCGUGAUCUCAAGUCGCAGUCCCGGGAGUACAAGACGUACAUUUCCCGGAUCUGUCUGGAUGAUGCCCACUAUUACUCUUACGUGGAGCUGCCCUUGGUCUGCAGGACCCAAGAGAAGACCUAUAGCCUCUUGCAGGCAGCCUAUGUGGCACAGACAGGGGUAGAAGGACAAGUAGGAGAUGCACUUUUUGUGACUUUUUCUGCCUGGCAGGCUUCUUUGGGGAAGCUGAGUGAGGAAUCUGCACUCUGUGUUUAUCCCAUGGAGGAAGUAGAUCGCUUCAUAACUCAAACCAGGGACCUUUGUUAUACCAAGGACGGGAAAACGGAGGAUGGCAGGGAGGUGGCCUACAUAGAAUACGAUGUCAGCUCUAGCUGCGUCCAGCUCUCCGCAGACACGUUGGCUGCCUAUCCUUGUGGUUCGGACCAUACCCCCAGUCCCAUGGCAAGUCGAGUACCACUUGAAGCAGCACCAGUCCUGGAAAAACCAGAUGCCCGACUAACUGCCGUGGCUGCCAGCAUCGAAGAUGGACACACGGUUGUUUUCCUGGGUGACAGCCAAGGCCGACUACACAAGGGCUACAUGGAAACAACAGGAGAGACCAUUCUCUAUGCUUCUUUGAUGAUCCAGCCGAACAGUGCAGUAUGUAGAGACCUUCUGUUCGACCAGCCGAAGGAGCACCUCUACGUCAUGACUCAGUCAAUGUUGGCUAAAAUCCCCGUCUUUGAAUGUUCCCAGUUCUCCGAUUGCAAGUCCUGUUUGGCAGUGAAAGACCCCUAUUGUGGCUGGUGUGUUCUUCAAGGAAAGUGUAGCCGUCACUCCGAAUGCACCAGGUUCCACGUGAAAGAGCAGUGGCUGUGGGGCUUUCACUCUGCCCAGCAGUGUCUAUCCAUCCUGUCCCUGAGCCCCACCAGCAUCAGCAGGGAAGAACAGAAAAACAUAUUCCUGACUUUUUCGGACUUGCCAGCCCUACAGAACGGAGAGUCCUAUUCUUGCUUCUUUGGAGAGUAUAAGAGCCCAGCUAUAUUGAUGGGUUCAGGCAUUAUGUGCCCCUCGCCAGAGCCCAACCAUGCCCCAAGUUUGAAUGCAGGGACAGACCACAUCACCAUUCAGCUGGAGGUGCGCUUCCACGACAUCUUCAUUGCCUCAACAACUUUCUCCUUUUAUGACUGUUCUGCGGUGGCUUCCCUGAGGAGAUCUGCACCGUGCCAGGGAUGUGUGAGCAGCCACUGGGGGUGUAAUUGGUGCGUCCAUCAACACCUUUGCACACACAAAACUGUCUGUGAAGAUGGGUCUAUUAUCUACAAUAAGAAGACUCAGAUACUGGAUUCCAGCCCAUUCCCUUCCUCAUACACUCCAAGUACAACACAGUCAUCUUUGCCUAUGGUGGCCACUGAACCCCCUACGCUCUCAGAAGCACCAGGGACUACUUCCAUGCCUGCUCCCACCACCACUCCCAUUAUCUACACCAGCCUGCCAGCCACUUCUGCCCCAACUACUCUGAAGCCCGAAACCCUUCCUUCCACCGAAGCACCUCUAUCAACCCCAAGUACUGUUACUUUGCUGGAGACAACCCGGGAUUCUCUGAUAUCGCCCCCCACUGAAGUGCCCACUACUGCGACUGUCGGUCCUACCUCAGAAUAUCUCUCCAGCAGCCAGCUGGAGAUGCUUUCUUCCACAGCGCAUCCUACUUCAGAACCAACUGCAGAUCCAGAAGACGGCUCCACCGAUCCUUCUAUUGCCGUGUAUAGCACACCCCAGCCUGUUCUAGAGGGAAAGACUCCUUCCCUUGAAGCUGAAAGUUCCUCCACUCCACCUUCUGCCCCUGCGACUUCUCCCCUAAGUCCUCUUACCCCUAACCAGACCGGGAGCCCUUCCACAUCUACUAACGUACCACCCAUUGACCUGGAGACCGAGCCUCCCAUUCUCGAGUUGCCUUAUCCUACAGACCUUCCAAAGUGGCUUCCUCCUGAAGACAUCGCAGAACCCCAGGAGAGUGAGGAAUGGAUGGUUUCGCUGCCCUCUGAAAAUGACACCUCCUCUUUCUCUGCAUCCAUCCUUCUCUCGGGGGAUGGGGACUCCUCCGAGAGUGACAUCUCUGAUUUCCCUCGAAUUCUGCACCCAACACUAGAUUAUCAAUAUGAUGCACCUGGAUUUCUGGAUUUGACGGAGGAGUACAGCUGGGGCCCUGAAGCCUGUCCGUGUGUGAAGGGCAUCCAGGGAUCCUCUCUGAUGCCGGUCAAUGUGCAGAAAAAGAUCACCCUGAUUGGACAAAACUUUCACCUCUAUCAGGAUCAGUUUUGGGACUAUGAAUGUGCCUUGGUUCUGGAGGGGAAGACUUUGUCGGUAGAGGCUUAUAUUGAACAAGAUGAAAAUGACCCCUCCAUUUUCUACAUCACAUGCCAAUUGCAUCAGUACAGCUACUCGGCUCCCCAACUAGAAUUCAGUGUGGUCAUUUUCGUCCAGCGGAAACGGCAUCUCCGAGUGGACAGCAUUGAAGAUCUCCAUGUGACCUUAUACAACUGCUCGGUGGGACACUUAGAUUGCAGCCGCUGCCAAACCGCCGAUGCCAAGUAUAGCUGUGUGUGGUGUGGAGGAGAGCAGCCGAGCUGCCUAUUCCAAGACUCCUGCAAAGAAGAGGUUGCAGACACGUGCCCGGCCCCAUUGAUUCAUGCAGUGUAUCCCCUAACUGGUCUGGUUGAAGGUGGCACCAGAAUCACCAUCACAGGUUCAAACCUUGGGCAGAAGCAUCAAGAUAUUGCAGAGACUGUCACAGUUGCAGGAAUCCCCUGUGAAGUUGAUGCUCUGGUAUAUGAAAUCUCCAGCAGUAUCGUAUGCACCACGGGCAGAAGCGGCACUGAGAGGUCCGGGCAUGUGGUCGUGGAAGUCCCUGGAGGUGGGCAAGGCAUCUCUGCUCAUGUAUUCACCUAUCAGAAUCCAGAGCUGAAAUUCGUUUCUCCAGUUCGAGGCCCCAAAGCUGGAGGAACCAACCUCACGCUGACCGGAUCCAAGCUACUGACUGGAAAUCCCAGCAGAAUCAGCAUUUGGGUUGGACACUUCCCUUGCUACAUUCAUUCUGAGAUGCAGGAGCAUGAAUUGUUAUGCCAGACAAGCGCCAGCAAUGUGUCUACAGAGUUUUCCAUCACAGUCAAAUACGGCCAUCAAGAAAGGAGAUUGGAGCAUUCCUUCUUCAAAUACACCCUGGACCCCAACAUCACCUAUGCAGAACCAGCCAAGAGUUUCCAGAGUGGUGGGCGAGAGAUAAGAGUCCGAGGGCAUAACCUCGACGUUGUGCAGUGGCCAAAAGUCCGGGUCACCAUUUCACCCUUGGAGCGCCGACGUCGGGGAGUGGGAAGAUGGCGUAGGAUUAUUCCAGAAACAGGAUGUCUAGAGAAUGCUCUCUGCAGUGUCCAGCAAUUUGAAGAGCCAUGUCAAGUCAAUUCCUCCAACCUCAUACUUUGCAAGACGCCAGCAAUUAAGACAUUGCUCCACUCCGUUCGAGUAAGACUGGAGUUUAUCCUGGAUAAUCUCAGCUUUGACUUCAAUGUCUUUCACCCCACUGGCUUUUCUUAUGAAGUUGACCCUUCCCUGAAGCCCCUCAAUACAGAUGACAUCACCAAACCUUACCGUCACAAGCCUGGAAGCAUCAUCUCCGUGGAGGGAGAAAAUCUGGAUCUAGCCAUUUCUAAAGAUGAAGUAAAAGCCAUGAUUGGAGUUGGGGUCUGCUCAGUCAAGACCCUAACGAAGAACCAUCUGUAUUGUGAGCCUCCUACUGAACAGCCGGCCCCUCAACACCGGGCUAAACGGGAAGGUAUCGACUCUCUGCCAGAAUUUACGGUUCAAAUGGGGAACAAGAACUUCUGGCUCGGGCGUGUGCAAUAUGACACAGAGAGCCAGCUCACUUUCCCCCUGGAGGCCCAGAUUGGCUUGGGAGUGGGCACCUCUUUCGUGGCUUUGAUUGUACUCAUCAUCGUCUUCAUCUACAGGCGAAAGAGCAAACAAGCCCUGAGGGAUUAUAAAAAAGUUCAAAUCCAGCUCGAAAAUCUGGAAACAAGUGUUCGGGAUCGGUGCAAAAAGGAAUUUACAGACCUCAUGACUGAAAUGAUGGAUCUCACCAGUGACCUGGUUGGCACCGGGAUUCCUUUCUUGGACUACAAAUCCUAUGCAGAACGGAUCUUCUUUCCAGGCCACCGGGAGUCCCCACUGCAAAGGGACCUCGAUGUGCCUGAAUCUCGCCGGCAGACAGUUGAACAAGGCCUGGUGCAGCUCUCCAAUCUCCUCAACAGCAAGCUCUUUCUCACCAAGUUUAUUCACACCUUGGAAAUCCAGCGUACCUUUUCUCCAAGGGACCGGGCUUAUGUCGCAUCCCUUCUCACAGUCGCCUUGCAUGGGAAGCUUGAGUACUUCACCGAUAUCCUCAAGACUCUCUUGAAUGACCUGGUAGAGCAAUACGUAGCCAAGAACCCAAAGCUGAUGCUGAGAAGGACAGAAACUGUGGUUGAGAAGCUGCUGACCAACUGGAUGUCCAUCUGCCUCUACGCAUUCGUCAGGGACUCUGUUGGGGAGCCCCUCUAUAUGCUUUUCCGGGGUAUCAAGCACCAAGUAGACAAGGGCCCCGUUGACUGGGUAACUGGGAAGGCAAAGUACACCUUGAAUGACAACCGACUUCUCCGAGAAGAUUUGGAAUACCGCACGCUGACAUUAACAGCACAAUCGCAAGCUGGGAACACAGUGGGAGGAACGGAGGGCAGCCAGGGAGUGUUGGUGAAGGGUCUGGAUUGUGAUACAAUCACCCAAGUGAAAGAGAAGAUCCUGGACCAGCUCUACAAAGGGACACCUUAUUGCCAUCGACCUGACUCGGACUCGCUUGACUUGGAAUGGCGGUCUGGACUGGCUGGGCAUCUCAUCCUCUCUGACGAGGAUGUGACUUCAAUCAUCCAGGGCAGCUGGAAGAGGCUCAACACACUGCAACACUAUAAGGUGCCUGAUGGAGCCACUGUUGCCCUAGUCCCUCGUAUGACCAAACACCUUCCCAGGGAGAAUCAGGAUUACAUCCCUGGAGAGAAAACUCCAAUGCUGGAGGAUGCAGAUGAGGGUGGCAUGAAGCUUUGGCACCUGGUGAAAUCGACCGAGGAACCUGAGCUGCCUAAACAUCGGCGAGGGAGCCUGCGGGAACGGGAGAGAGCCAAAGCGAUUCCAGAGAUCUAUCUAACGCGCCUCCUUUCCAUGAAGGGCACGCUACAGAAAUUUGUAGACGAUUUAUUCCAAGUGAUCCUCAGUACCAAUCGUCCUGUCCCUCUGGCUGUGAAAUAUUUUUUUGACCUGCUAGAUGAGCAAGCACUGAAUCAUGGGAUCACAGAUCCAGAAACCAUCCACAUCUGGAAAACAAAUAGUCUGCCUUUAAGGUUCUGGAUCAACAUCAUCAAGAACCCCCAGUUUGUGUUUGAUGUGCAAACGUCAGAUAAUGUGGACGCUGUGCUCUUGGUCAUUGCUCAGACUUUCAUGGACUCCUGCACCCUUGCUGACCACAAACUGGGUCGGGAUUCCCCAAUUAACAAGCUGCUCUAUGCCCGUGACAUUCCACGCUAUAAACAGAUGGUGGAAAGGUACUAUGCAGAUAUUCGCCAAACCAUCUCAGCCAGCGAUCAAGAGAUGAAUUCUGCCUUGGCAGAGCUGUCACGGAAUUACUCAGGUGAACUCAAUUCCUUGGUGGCUCUGCAUGAACUCUACAAGUACAUCAACAAAUACUAUGAUCAGAUCAUCACAGCCUUGGAGGAAGACCCGAUCGCACAGAAAAUGCAGCUGGGGUAUCGCCUGCAACAGAUCGCCGCAGCCGUGGAGAACAAAGUCACAGACUUGUGAGGUGUCCAAGGGACAGUUCGGGUAGAAAGAAAACAGACAGCACCCACCGCCGUCCCAACUGAGGCUCUAUGCUGAGGUGGAGAGAAGCAGCAGCAGCAGCAGCAGCAGAGGGUCAGGAAAUGCCAAGGGCGAGGAGGUGCCAGAGAACUACUUUUUUUUAAAAAACAGACUCCUUUUUAAAAAAAAAAAAAAUAACACUUAAAGUAAAACGAUAAUAAUGAACUUGUGCCCAGAAGCCGAAAGGCUCCAUCAGAUGAACUGAGCCAUUUUCAGCCAGGAGGCCAGAUGUUAUGAAUGUGCCAAGGAGAGUUAGAGAACAGUGCAGCUGUGAGGGAUGCUGGAUCUUCACACACACACAAACACACACAGAGAGACAGACACACACAUGCCCUGUGAAGAAAGAGGUGGGAACCUGAACUCUCCUGGAGCUUCCUAUGGACUUUCUUGGAUUCCUUAGCGAGAGCAUCCUACUGGCUCAACAUGGGGAGAUUCACCCCUGUCCUCCUUGCUGCGCUUGGGAGUCUCAACACCCAGCGAGACGUACUUUCCUCUGGAAUGAUGGGGGGCGAGCCAAGACGAACACAACAGACAAAGGAUACAGGCAGAGGAAGGAAGAUCCAGCUCCCAACUGGCAGAAAUCCCUGAAAGAUUGUGGGGGGGAAUCGCCUCCCUUCCUCCCACCUACCCCCUCAAGACGGUCCUGACGUUCCCUGGGCGUGUGUCUUCCUGUAGCUGCUGCUUCCGGCCCUUUCCCGCUCUGCUUUCCUCAAACGAACAACACGACCACCACUGGCCUUGCCUUCCCGACAAUGAACCGGGGGGGGGGGGGUGAGGCUGCCAAUCGCUCUGCAGAAAAGAGCGGAGGCCUGUAGGAGUUUUGAGGUCCCUCCCUUGCCCCUUUGGGUUAGCAUUUCUCGAGUAAACCCCCUUCCUCCUGAGAGGUUCCUUCUUCCUAGGCACCUGAUUCCACCCUUCCUCCCCCUUUAGAGACUUUCCCACCUUUUUUUCAGACGCUUCUCGGAAGGAUGACAAAGCUGGGGAUUUGCCAGCUUUGAUUUUUCUCCUUCACCCUGGCAGGUUUUGCUAUUUGUAUGCCCAUUUGUUGCUAUGCUCUCCUCCUCCUCCUCCUCCUCCUCCUCCUCCUCCCCCUCCUCCUCCUGUCUCUUUGAGAGCAGCUAGAUUUACAGGCAUUGGCAGACAGUAAUGUUGAUCUCCAUGUCGUGACAGGCACCGCCUGCUGAUUUUUGUAACUUAAUCUGCUAUUAAAGAACAGGGGGGGAGCCAAGCAGAGCGCACACACACACACACACACACACACACACCACACACACACUUUUCUGGGGCCAGCUUUAUUCUGAUUAAAAUUAAACCUCAGCGAUGGGUUGAUGCGUUGCCUAAUUGUUCCCCAGUCCUUUCUAUUGAGAGAUGAGGUGAGCUCACCAGCGCUCUUAAUUUCAUUUCCUUUGUCUCUCUUUGUCUCUUCUCUUUGUCCAUUAUCUGUUAGUAACCCAAAUCCAGGGGGAAAAGAACCCUUCCGUGCUCCAGUCAGCUAUGCUCUGAUAGAUUGGGAUCUUUCCUCAUUACUAGUUUAAUCCAAUACCAGAAAUAAUUUCAUUUUGUCAUUCGGUAUCACAGGCUUCUUCAGAGCUCUGCAAAAACCUCUAGUACAGGGGCGUCAAACUCGAUUUCAUUGAGGGCUGCAUCAGGGUUGCAUUUGACCUUGAGGGGGGGGGGAGAUGGAGUGGACUUGGGAAAGGUGGGCAUGGCCAGCUCGACGCCACUCACGUUGGGGGCAUAUGUGGUGGCCUGAGUGCUCUGCCAGAGAAAACGGGCUUCUGAGCUCUGUUUUAGGCUGCUACAGCCU